CUGUUGGGCUGUUGACAGGAUUAUUUGGGUAUUUUGGGUUUUAGCUGUGAGCUGUCGCAGUUUUAUCGACCGUUUUCCAUAUCGCGGCAGUGAUUCACUUUCCACCCACUGCAAAGUGUAAGCAAUCGUUGUUCCUUCGAAAAACCGAAAGCAGCUAGCUUGUGCCGAAUCGCGCUUCCGCUUUGGCUAGACAGCGCCCCGGAGUGACGGUGUCGCGAUGGCGUCCAUGUUCGACCAGUACUCGAGCGACCUGAUACGGGAAAGCUCCACCGAUCCGGAUGCUAGCGCCGAGCCGAAAACGUCCGGGUACGUGAGCGUGCGGACGCGGAAGGAGGUGCCCAUCUUCACCAAGCAGAAGAUGAACCUGAACCUGCCGUCCGGCAUCCUCUUCCUCUCUGUGCAGAACGACUGGCUGAUGAUGCUGAUGACCAACCUGACCGUGCUGCGCAUGAACCUGAAGCAGCCGGACAAGUUCACCGAGGUGCCGAUCGACAAGACGAUCGGUGGGCUGCGUCCGUCGAGCAUCUACGUCGAUCCGCUCGGGGCGCACCUGUUCCUCACCUUUCUGCCCAAAUCGCCCGGCUUCACGCCCGAGCUGCUCUACCUGCAGCGCAACAGCUUCAAGCCCAAGUUUGUGACGAAGCUGAAGGACCAGGAAAUUACCGCGGUCGGGUUCAACCACGUAAACACGUCCGAGACGAGCACCGGGCCGAUACUGCUCGGGACGGCCCACGGUGUGAUCUGGGAGGCGGAGGUCGGGCUGGAAAGUGGCGACAAGCUGGUGCAGCAGAACGUGCGGCACGCGUUCGACGUGGGCAAGGGCGAGCCGCGCCCGAUCACCGGGCUGGAGUUUUAUCUCAAGACGGAGCAGAAAAGCCUGCACUGCAUCGUGCUGGUGCUGACGGUGGACCGGCUGUACAAGUUCCACAACACGAUCCGGUCGGGUGGCGGUUCGCUUGCCGGUUCGACAGCCACCGCAGCGCAGGAGCUGAAGCUCGGCGGCUACCUGCAGAAGGUGUUCGGCCCGUACCAGAACGUGGACGACCAGUUGCGCGACUUCGAGGAGCUGUCGGUGGGCGGCAGCAAGGGCACUGGCAGCGGCUCAGCCAGUGCCGGCAGCUGGCCGAAGCUGGUGUUCAACUACGAGGAGGACUUCCCGAAAAGCUUCGGCUGCCUGACGGAGCACGGCAUCAACUAUCAGGAGAUCGAUCCUGCCAUCAACCAGGCCCAGUUUGUGGUGCAGAAGGAGCUGAUCACGUACCCGGAGCCGCGGUACGUGCCGCCCGCCACCAACUCGCACAAGGUGGCGCCGCGCACCAACUGUCCGCUCUCGUUCAUACUGACCGACUUUCACGCGCUGCUGCUGUACGCGGACCACGUCAGUGCGAUCUCGCUGCUGGACUAUCAAGUUGUGUACGAGGAGUACUUCGUCGAGCAGUACGGGCGGCUCAUCAACAUCGUGAAGGACGUCCGUUCGAACGUUACGUUCGUGUACAGCAACAAGCUGAUCUUUCGCUACAAGAUCGUGAACGAGCAGCGUAACGCCUGGCGGCUAUACGCCGACCGGCAAAAAUUCGAGCUCGCCCUGCAGUACUGCAACAAAAAUCCGGCCCACCGGGACAUUGUGCUGGUGAAGCAGGCGCAGUCGUACUUCUACGCCGGCGACUACCUGCAAGCGGCGGCCAUCUUCUCCGAAACGCAGCUCAGCUUCGAGGAGGUGUGCCUGAAGUUUCUGCAGAAAAACAGCAACCAAGCGCUGCUGCUCUACCUGCGCAACCGGCUCGGGCAGCUGAAGCCGCACGAGAAAACGCAAAUCACCAUGCUGAUCGUAUGGAUCGUGCAGCUCUUUCUGGUGGAGCUGUCCCACCAGCGCGGGUCGGGCGGGGGCGAAAAGGCGACGCGCGACCUGCAGAAGCAGUUCGAAGCGUUCAUGGCUAGCCGGCCGGUGAUGGCGUGCGUGCGCCGGAACCGGACCGCCAUCUACGACCUGAUGGCGUCGUACGGCGACACACACAAUCUGACCGCGUUGACCACGAUCAACCAGGACUACGAGUCGGUACUCCAGCAGUACAUUAACCAGGGCCGGUACGAGGAUGCGCUCGGGGUGCUCAGUGCCCAGAACCGGCCCGAGCUCGUCUACCAGUAUGCGCCGAUCGCGAUGGAGGUGCUGCCGGCAGCCACGGUCAGCAUGCUGAUUGGGCAGGGGCACCGGCUCGAUCCGGUUCGGCUGAUGCCGGCGAUGCUCUGUCUCGAUACGCCGCAGCACGCGCACGAAACGGUGCGCUACCUCGAGUACUGCAUCCAUUCGCGGGGCUGCGUCGAGCCGGCCCUGCACAACUAUCUCAUCCAGCUGUACGGUGUGCACUUUCCCGAGCAGCUGCUCACGUUUCUCGAGUCGCAGGGCCGCGAUACGACGAUGGUGCAUUACGAUCCGCAUUACGCGCUGCGGAUCACGCUCCGGCACGAUAUCCGGCCGGCGAGCGUGUUCCUGCAAUGCUUGCUCGAGAUGUGGGUGCCGGCGGUGCGGCUAGCGCUGACCCUGGAGGAUGCCGAGGCCGCCCGACAGCUCGCCCGCCAAACGGCCGCACAGCCAAGCGAUCGGGUGCUGCGCAAGCGGCUCUGGCUACUGAUCGCCGAGCACGAAAUCAAAGGCACGCGGGACGAGGAAGUCCAGCGAGCGCUCGGCAUACUGCAGGAGUGUGACCAGCUCCGGAUCGAGGACCUGCUGCCCUACUUUUCCGACUUUCAGCGCAUCGACCAUUUCAAGGAGGCGAUCUGCCGCUCGCUGAAGGAGUACAACGUGAAGAUACAGGAGCAGCGACGCGACAUGGAAGAGUCUGCCAAGUCCGCCAACCGGGUCCGGCAGGAGCUGCAAACCUUCCGCAGCCGAUCAGUGACGGUCAGCGCACAGGAGCAGUGCACCGUCUGCGGCAUCUAUCUGAUGCUGAAACCGUUCUUCGUCUUCCACUGCGGCCACAAGUUCCAUGCAGACUGUCUCGAGCGCCAGGUGCUGCCGUACCUGAGUCCUGAAAUGUCGGAUCGAUUGACGAUGCUGAAACAAUCGCUCGCUACGGCCCAGCACGCGGUCGAGAGUGCUGCAUCGGCUGGAGUAGGAUCGGCUAACGCACUGGAGGCCGCCCCCGUAGCGCCCAUCUCACACAAGGAAAAGCUCAAGAGCGAAAUCGAGGCCAUCAUCUCGUCCGAAUGUUUGUACUGUGGCAAUCUAAUGAUCAAUGCGCUCGACAAACCGUUCGUCGAAAACUGGCAGCAGGCCGAUAGCGAAUGGGACUAGGUGGCUUGCCCUACGCUGCAGGCGUUGACUUUGACUUUGCUGCGAUGCCUAAGUUUCUAUGCUGUUCGGACCACGCGCCAUUCCAUUCUGCAAUAUGUAUAGGGACAGUGUACGCUUUAUACCGCUCAUAAGGAGCAUUUAGAUUUCUGAAAUAGUUUAUUUCGAUUAUUUACAUUAUCUUUUCACUUUUUUGAUGUGUAUAGCAAAUUUAAUUAAAGUUCAAAGUUCGGUUCGGUUUAUUGUGAAGAAAAAUGUAUCACUCGAUCAAACUCAAAGCGCUAGGCAUGCGAGCAAAAGAGGCGUGCUGCCGGUAAUGAUUUUUGUAUUAUUGUACGAUCCUUCCGGUUGAGCCGGUCUCGUAGUACAGUCAUCAACUCGUACGACUGAACAACAUGCCCGUCAUGGGUUCAAUCCCCAAAUAGACCGCGCCGCCAUACGUAGGACUGACUAUCCUGCUAUGGGGGAAAUCAAUUUGUCACUGAAAGCCAAGCCUACAAGUGGGCACAGGCAGGCCGUUUGACCGACAUCGGUUGUUGAGCCAAAGAAGAAGAAGAAGUACGAUCCUUCGAAAGGAAUGCUGUAAUGCAAAUGGUAUUAAACUGUUCAUCUAUCUAUUCAAUACAUUUAUCUAUUGUUACAAUUGCAUGCAUGCAUUUCGUAUUAUCUUUUUUAAUUAUAAUCUUUUGGUCUUUGGCAGAUUGGUAACAAAUCACGAAAUGUUGUGUUUGUUAGCGGCAAAAUAAUGUAACCUUCAUCUCUAUAACCAUCUACCCAAUUAUGUUUUAGUAUGUAUGUAUGAGUUUGUUUUGCACUUUAUGUUAUUACUUUAUUUUGAUAAUAUUCAGAUAUUUACAGUGGAGCGCCGUUUAUCCGGGUACCUUUUAUCCGGCAGUCCGUUAAUCCGUGCUGUUGAAAAAUGACAGUUCAAUACAAAGGUGACAUUGCCAGGAUAUUUAUGAGGAGGAUAUUUGAAACAGCGGUUAUUCUUAUAACAUUGUCAUAACAAAAAACAUUAUAAAUCAUGGCAAAUUUCAAAUAUUCUCAUUGGAAAAACAUGAAGUUGAUAAAAACUGGGUUAUUUUUACUAAAAAAUAAAAUAAUUUUUCAAAAAUUAA